AUGUGAUAUUCUACAUAAUAAAAAAAUAUUAUAACAAAAAGGAUAAUUAAAACUAAGUGUGUUCUGUGUAAUAAAAAAAAUCAAUAUUUAAAAUACUCACCACAGAUUAAUGAAAAAGUUGAAGUGUUAAAAUAAAAAAAUAUACGUAAAGACUGAAAAUAUCAUAAAAUAAUAUUAAUUUCAUUCAAAAUAAAUAAAAAAAAUAAAAAAGUGUUUUUUUUUUAAUUUGUAACUUUUACUCAAACGUUACUUUUAUUAAUUGAAAAAUAAAUAUCGAUAGUGUAAUAAAAAGCAAAAAUGCAAUUAUUAUUAGAUAAGUAUUACAAAUAAUUAAAAAACAAUAUUCAAUUUCACGCCCUUGGAUGUUGAUUUGUUAAUUAAUUUAGAUUAAUUUCAAAAACUAUUAGUGUAACGUGAAUUUAUAAGGACAUAAAAACAAAAUGGUGUUCCUAAUUUUUCGUUUGUUUCUACUUCUGUGUUUCGGCUUGGCCGGGUGUGAGAGACGUUACUUGAGGAAAGAGGCUUAUGACACUGUUCCGGAACUGAUAACUUCAGCUGGUUACCCAGUGGAGAAACACCGCGUCACCACCGAGGAUGGCUACAUUAUACAGAUGCACAGGAUCCCGGCGGGGAGGAGGGUGGCCAGGAAAGCGGGCUUUAGCGAAAAGGGGAAGAAGGCUAUAUUGAUAGUCCAUGGACUGCUGGGCAGCAGUAGUGACUUUAUUAUCAUGGGCCCGGAGAGGAGCUUGGCAUAUCUCCUGGCAGAUGAAGGUUACGACGUAUGGCUUGGCAACCUGAGAGGCAAUGUCUACACCUCACAUGUUAAUUACACAAAGAAGAGUCCAAAAUUUUGGGAGUUCAGUUUCCACGAGCACGGCAAAUACGACGUUCCAGCAAUGAUUGACAAAGUUCUCAACGUGACCAAGUUACCCAGAUUGAUGUAUGUGGGCUAUUCAAUGGGAACGACCAGUUUUUUCGUCAUGGCGUCAGAGAGACCGGAGUAUAACAACAAGGUUAUAAGCUUUGUAGCUCUCGCACCGGCUGUGUACCUCGCCAAUAUGAAAACAAUUGCCAUGACUGCGUUGAAGACUUUGGAAUUACCGCAAAGAAUGCGUUCUCAAGGAAUGCUCUCAUUGGUUUUUCGUCGUGAUCUCUUGGAUUUACUGAUCAGGAACGUGUGCUUCAGAAGCAAGCCGGAAGAAGAUAUUUGCAUGAGAUUCAUGUACAUGAUUGUUGGUGACGACCACGAACAGUUUGACAAGGAGUUAACAGCUGCUAUACUAUACAGGGUGCAGCCGGCAUCGUGGCGACAGUUGGAGCAUUUUGGAAAAAUUGCCAUGUCUGAUGUGUUCACAUCAUGGGGUGAUGGGGUGUGGGGAGCCGCCAGGGCCUACAACCUCAGUAAUGUGAGAGUGCCAGUCUCAUUGCUGUAUGGAGAGAAUGAUAUGCUUACUGAAAAAAAUCAAAUAAUGCGUUUAGCUGAGGUCCUCAGUGCAACAGGCUCGCUAGAGGUGGUGCGUCCUGCGUGUGAUUGGGCCAAAUUCAACCAUCUGGACUUUGUGUUUGCUAAAGAUCUUGGGACACUACUUAAUAAGCCCCUUGUGGAUUAUAUAAAGAGUUUAUUUAAUAAAUAUGGACCAUCCUGAGUUGUGUUUAUUUCCUACUUAUG